AUGGAUGCUGCGGGAAGGGGCUGCCAUUUGCUGCCCCUGCCAGCGGCGCGCGGACCUGCCCGCGCUCCCGCUGCCUCCAGCGCCCUCAGCCCGCCCGGCCUUUGCAGCCGCACCGCCUCGGCUUCCUCCGCGGCCGCCGGAGCGGUCGCCAUGAACCCCAGCUCCUCGGCGGGAGAGGAGAAAGGGGCGACGGGCGGCAGCAGCAGCAGCGGAAGCGGCGCCGGGAGCUGCUGCCUAGGCGCCGAGGGCGGCGCGGACCCGCGGGGUGCAGGGGCAGCGGCGGCUGCUGCCCUGGAGGAGCCCGCGGCCGCCGGACAGAAGGAGAAGGAAGAGGCGCUGGAGGAGAAGCUGAGGGACUUAACUUUCCGGAAGCAGGUCUCUUACAGGAAAGCCAUCUCCCGGACAGGCCUCCAGCACCUGGCUCCUGCACAUCCUCUUGGCCUUCCUGUGGCGAACGGUCCAGCAAAGGAGCCCAGAGCGACUCUGGACUGGAGCGAGAAUGCUGUUAAUGGGGAACACCUAUGGCUGGAGACCAACGUCUCGGGCGACCUCUGCUACCUGGGGGAGGAGAACUGCCAAGUCCGAUUUGCAAAAUCCGCUGUCAGGAGGAAGUGUGCGGUCUGCAAAAUCGUGGUCCACGCUGCCUGCAUUGAGCAACUAGAGAAGAUUAAUUUCAGAUGUAAACCAACAUUUCGGGAAGGAGGCUCCAGAUCACCAAGAGAAAACUUUGUGCGUCAUCACUGGGUCCACAGGCGGCGGCAGGAGGGAAAAUGUAAGCAGUGUGGUAAGGGUUUCCAGCAAAAGUUCUCCUUCCACAGUAAAGAGAUCGUGGCCAUCAGCUGUUCUUGGUGCAAGCAGGCGUUUCACAAUAAGGUGACCUGCUUCAUGCUGCAUCACAUCGAGGAACCCUGCUCUCUGGGGGCCCAUGCUGCUGUCAUUGUCCCGCCCACCUGGAUCAUUAAGGUGAAGAAACCUCAGAACUCCCUGAAGGCUUCCAGUCGGAAGAAGAAAAGAACAAGCUUUAAAAGGAAAGCCAGUAAAAGAGGAACUGAGCAGGAAAACAAAGGUCGUCCUUUUGUGAUCAAGCCCAUAUCCUCUCCUCUCAUGAAGCCUUUGCUUGUGUUUGUGAACCCAAAGAGUGGGGGCAACCAGGGAACCAAAGUCCUUCAGAUGUUCAUGUGGUACCUGAAUCCACGGCAAGUCUUUGAUCUUUCUCAGGAAGGGCCAAAAGAUGCGCUGGAGUUAUACAGGAAGGUACCAAAUCUGAGAAUUCUGGCCUGUGGUGGGGAUGGAACGGUGGGCUGGAUCCUCUCCAUCCUGGAUGAGCUGCAGCUGAGUCCACAGCCUCCUGUGGGGGUCCUUCCACUGGGGACUGGGAAUGACCUGGCUCGGACGCUCAACUGGGGAGGGGGCUACACCGAUGAGCCUGUUUCUAAGAUCCUGUGCCAGGUGGAAGAUGGCACCAUUGUUCAGUUGGAUCGCUGGAACCUUCAUGUGGAGAGAAACCCGGACUUGCCUCCUGAAGAACUUGAAGAUGGCGUGUGUAAGCUUCCUCUGAAUGUCUUCAAUAAUUACUUCAGCCUCGGAUUUGAUGCCCACGUCACCCUGGAGUUCCAUGAAUCCCGAGAAGCAAAUCCAGAGAAAUUCAAUAGUCGUUUUCGAAAUAAAAUGUUCUAUGCAGGCGCAGCCUUUUCUGACUUCCUACAGAGAAGUUCUAGAGAUCUAUCCAAACACGUCAAAGUUGUCUGUGACGGGACAGAUCUCACCCCAAAGAUCCAGGACCUGAAGUUCCAGUGUAUAGUAUUUUUAAAUAUACCCAGAUAUUGUGCUGGCACAAUGCCUUGGGGAAAUCCCGGAGAUCACCAUGAUUUUGAACCCCAGCGUCACGAUGACGGCUACAUUGAAGUCAUCGGAUUCACCAUGGCCUCUUUGGCUGCCCUGCAAGUCGGGGGCCACGGAGAAAGGCUGCACCAGUGUCGGGAAGUGAUGCUUCUGACUUACAAGUCCAUCCCCAUGCAAGUAGAUGGGGAACCGUGUAGGUUGGCACCCGCCAUGAUUCGGAUCUCCUUGAGGAAUCAGGCCAACAUGGUACAGAAGAGCAAGCGGAGAACCUCCAUGCCUUUGCUCAAUGAUCCCCAGUCUGUCCCAGAUCGCCUGAGGAUCCGAGUGAACAAAAUCAGUUUACAAGACUAUGAAGGACUCCACUAUGACAAAGAGAAACUCCGGGAAGCCUCCAUCCCUCUGGGUAUUCUAGUUGUUCGUGGAGACUGUGAUUUGGAGACUUGCCGUAUGUACAUAGAUCGCCUACAGGAGGACUUGCAGUCAGUUUCUUCUGAGUCACAGAGAGUUCAUUACCAGGCUGCAAUGAACGGGCAGCAAAGCAUGGGGGCUCAGAAAAUGACCCCUUGCAUUAACCUAACAAGGCAGCGUGGGUCACAUAAGAACGUGCUGGCUGUUUAUGAUCUGCUGAAAGGUCCAGCAUACACAUCUCUGGUGCCAAAAUACAAAAAGCCCUUUCACGCUAAUGGCAUCUGGUCAAUUUUGCAGGCAGUAAUAACUGGUGACCUUAUGAAGCUCAUAGAAAGCUAUAAGAACGGAGGCAGCUUGUUAAUUCAGGGACCAGACCACUGUUCACUCCUUCACUACGCAGCUAAAACUGGCAACGGGGAGAUUGUGAAGUACAUCCUUGACCAUGGACCUGCAGAAUUAUUGGAUAUGGCAGAUAGUGAAACGGGUGAGACCGCGCUGCACAAGGCCGCCUGCCAACGGAACCGGGCUGUGUGCCAGCUUCUGGUGGACGCAGGAGCAUCGCUGAGACAGACAGACUCCAAGGGAAAGACACCCCAAGAACGAGCACAGCAGGCUGGGGACCCAGAUUUGGCUGCUUAUCUAGAAAGCCGACAGAACUAUAAGAUCAUUGGCCAUGAGGACUUGGAGACUGCUGUUUGACCCUGGUUGACAGGCAAAAAGAACUCAAGCAAGGGUAUCAUCUAUGCCCUCCUGGCCACUGGGCAGCUCCCCUGGAAGAAGCUAAUGGAAUCCGUAUCCGCCUCUCUCCUGCAAGGAUCUAUCUGAGACCACACUACCAGGUUUUAAGGGCUACCGGGAUGUACAACAGGACAUGAUAGCCCAUUGAGAAAGAGGCAGGCUACCUGGAGAUUUGUGGAGUACACGUUCCACAAAAUUUGAUCCUUAUUGCUUCCAGCAAGUAGCAUGAACUUCUGUGUUCACCUGUCUAAUUUAUUUUAAAGAUGCCGAGGAUGUUCACAUAAAUGGCACUGCUCCCUCCUCCCUCUCUGCGUUCAUCUUUCCCCUGUACCACAGGAUUCUACUGUAAUCCCCCAUCCAUUUAGAAAAUAUACUAUCUCUUCUCUUUACUUUCAGUCUUCCAACCACAAGGUUGUCUGAAGGUCUCUGAAACCCUCCUGGAUGUCUUGCAGAAAUAUAUCUGUAAAACCACUUCCAUUUGCAGACUAAAUAUACCAAGACUAGUUAGUGGCUUUGCAUGCCCCCUCCCUGUCUGGUUUCAUCACAUAGGAGCUGGGAAGUGCCAUGGGGGUAAUGUGAACUUGUGUGCUCUGUCUCUGAGGUAUGGUGAAGUAGCAUGGGAGCUGUGUGUGCUUGAAGGACUUCCAAGAGGUUACCCAGGGGUCAGUGCAGGCAGCUGUGCUGUUGGUGGUAGGAAGGACUGUUUCAGCUUGGGCUGUUUGUACAGCUCAGUACUGCCUAUGUGAGGCCAUCUUUGCCUUUUGCUGUGGUAGAGAUGAGUCAAGGAGUCAAUGGAAGCCCAUAGCUAGUUUACAGAGCCAUGUGAUUCUAAGUGCUGUUUCAGUGACAGGGUUGGACCUGUCUAGGACAGUAGUAUAGGAAACGGAGCAUUCAAAUCCUAAGCUUUGUAAAUUGAUACUAGAAAGUGGUCUGAUUGACUUGAAAAAAAAUAGCAAAAAUAAAAGUAGCAAUGUGUGUUACAACAAUAUACUCCAGCAGGAAAGCAGCCUCAGCAUUUUGGGCUGAGGCUCACUACUACAGGCUCAUGGAUACAGUGGGGAAAGGGGGUUCACAUUUGUUUCUCUAAGAGUUCAGUUUUCAUGAUGUCAAGGAAGGCUUGAGCCAGGGACAAAGCCUCAUUUCACCAGUUCCAUGGCCAGACUCUCAGGAUGCCUGGCCCUUCCUAGUCUGUGCUUCACCUAUGAUUUUUUUUAGGAUCUGAGAUCAUGUCUGAUGACCCUAUUUUCCACAUGUUUAGGGGGUCUAUUAAGUUCUUUUCCCAGCUUUAUUUUCUCCUGUCACAAACUUCUUAAUAUAAACCACUGUGACAGAAACGCUUUAUGAAAUUGUUACUUCUGUUCAUGCCGUGGAUCUGGAGGAAUCAGGUAAUAAAGAGGAGAAAAAAAAAAAAGCAAAACAAUUUCUAUUCAAACUUCUCCUUGACUUAGGUGUGGGUCACAAAUACAAGUGGUGUAUGUGAAGGCUUUUCUUUCUGCUUCCUUCUAUUUUUCCCUUGAACACAGGAAAAUGUUCCUCUGUGUUUCUGCAUGUGACCUUUAAUCUCACAGUCCAAUGGGGACAGUUCAUUUAUCAGAAUCACAUGUCAUCAUUUUGAAAGGACGGAUAUGAUGUACCAUAUUAAGUGUAAGCAAGCUUUGGGUAGGUGGGGAUUCCAUUACCAGAGACUCCCUACAGUCAUUUCAGGAUCAGACUUGGCAUUGUUUCUAGCUGGGGGAAAGUGGGUUGGCUAAGAGUAAUAUGUUUCUAGUCAUCCAUCUCAGAACUGCAACUCUCUCUUGGAUUUUACAGGGAGGGAAAGCAGAGGGUCUGGACGAGAUUGUUUCCAGGAGCUGAAGUCACUGAGUUUCUGUUAGGAGUUUUUUAGUUGUUGGGGCUGUCAAGGAAAUAUUGUGAUGACAAAUAUAAUCCCUAGGAUGGACUGGAACCUGGCUUUGAAUGGAACCUUCCAUCUCUGAGAUUGAGCCAAACCCUUGGCCAAGCAGUUGGUUAUCCAGCUGGCCACUGCUGAGAUGCAGGACUAUAUUUUCAUCAACCACCAUCUCACAUUUCUGUGAGAAUGCUUCAAAACAGCCCAGAGAAAAUUUAGGAUAGAGGUGGUUAUGGGCCAGUUCCCAAUAACUUCAAGACACAAAUAAGUCCCUGGCGUGAAAGUAGAUGCAGUAUUGACUACU